CGCGGUGUUCCAUAUCCACAGAUAUAUGGGGUACCCACUGAUCUACAAGUAGAACGUCAAAUUAAAUCUUUCACGUCAAAUUUUAUCUUUCAUAUCUCAGAGCUACACAGACACUGGAUGUCAGAUGUCCGAUAGAGGGGAAGGAGGACCAGGCGGGUAUGGCUAUUAUGGAAGAGGUAGAGGUAGAGGGCGUGGUGGAGGUGGAAGAGGAGGAAGAGGAGGAGGAAGAGGAGGAGGAAGGGGAGGAGGAGGUGGAAGAGGAGGAGGAAGAGGAGGAGGUGGAAGAGGAGGAGGAGGAAGAGGAGGGCCACCACCAGGUCUGACAGGCAGAGACAUUGGGAUGUGGUAUGCACAGCGAGGUCGGGGCAAGAAGAAAGAUCAAGAGCUUAGAGAGAGAGGAAGUGUGAACCUGAAUGAUGAACAGGAGAGGCAGAUCAAACGCAUGCUCCAUGAGGUAGAGGGUCUCCGAGAAAAUCAACCUCAAUCAAAUGCUCAGCAGCAACCUAAAGUCAUGCGACCAGCAGAGGUUGUAUGUCAGAACUUCUAUGGACAUCAACUGAUGCAGGAUCCAAAUCUAGACAUUCAUCUCCAAGAAGAACUGACCAAGAAAGAGAACAGCGAGCAGUAUCAAAAGAUGCAGACUUUUAGACGAAAACUUCCCUCAUUUGCCAUGAAAGAUGAGCUGCUGUCUCUUAUCAGAAGCAACCAGGUUGUCGUGAUCAGCGGAGAGACAGGAUGCGGUAAGACUACUCAGGUUCCUCAGUUCAUCCUGGAUGAUUACAUCAGCAGAGGUCAAGGGUCAACGUGUCGUGUCGUCUGCACGCAACCAAGAAGGAUAAGUGCAAUUACAGUUGCAGAGAGAGUUGCAGCAGAGAGAGCUGAGAGGUGUGGUCAUGAGAACAGCGUGGGUUAUCAGAUUCGAUUGGAGAAUACUUUCCCACGUGCUCAGGGGUGUAUCCUCUACUGUACCACAGGAAUACUCCUCAAGUGGCUCGAGGGGGACAAAUUACUGAACAGUGUCAGCCAUGUUGUAUUAGAUGAGGUCCACGAGAGAGAUCUCCUGUCUGACUUUCUUCUCAUCAUCCUUAAAGAUCUCCUCCCAAAGAGGAGAGACCUGAAGCUGAUAUUGAUGAGUGCCACUCUCAGAGCAGAACUGUUCUCAGACUACUUCGGUCAAGCUCCAACGGUCAACAUUCCAGGAUUCACAUUCGGUGUCACUGAGUUUUACCUAGAAGAUAUUCUAGAGCUGACAAGGUAUCAACCUCCAGCACCAAAAAACACACGCCAAGAACCAGUUUGGGUGAAGUACAAGAAAGGAAAGAGAAAUAGGGAGGAAGAGAUGGAGAAGGAACAGCAGGACCGCAAGAAGUUUAAUGAAUACCUUCAAGCGAUGAGGGAGACGUAUUCAGAGCAAGUGGUGGAUACCCUGUCAUCAAUGGAUCACAAUGUCUUAGAUCUAGAUCUCACAGCUGAACUACUGCGCUACAUCUCACUGCAAAAACCGGAGGGUGCCAUCCUUGUCUUUCUACCGGGGUGGGAUCAGAUCAGUAAGCUACAUGACAAACUCACCUCCCAGACGCUCUUCUCAGAAGAAAGGUUCAUCAUCAUUCCUCUACACUCUAUGAUGCCUACCAUCAACCAGAGACAGGUAUUUGAACAUCCACCUCCCGGAGUACGGAAGAUCAUCAUAGCAACCAACAUUGCAGAGACUAGCAUCACCAUAGAUGAUGUGGUCUAUGUGGUCAACCUGGGACGAGUCAAAGAAACCAACUUUGAUGUGGCCAACAACAUUCGGACGAUGAAGGCUGAAUGGGUCAGCAAGGCGUCGGCUCAUCAGAGGAGAGGGCGAGCUGGGAGGGUGCAGGAUGGAGAAUGCUUCCAUGUGUACAGCCAACUAAGGGCAUCUGAAUUGGUGGAAUACCAACUCCCAGAAAUCAAAAGAACUCCUCUUGAAGAACUCUGUCUCAACAUAAAGACCCUGAAGCUAGGCAGUGUGCAUCCCUUCAUCAGCAAAGCUAUGGAAACCCCCGACAUCAGGGCAAUUGAGCUAGCCAUCAGCAGUCUCAAACAAAUGAGAGCCUUUGAUGAUAACGAGGACCUGACAGCUUUGGGAUACCAUCUAUCUCGUCUUCCGGUGGAGCCUCGUAUUGGUAAGAUGAUGCUGUUUGGUGCCAUGUUCUGCUGUCUGGAUCCUAUACUCACCAUAGCAGCAUCUCUCAGCUGGAAGGAUCCAUUCUACAUUCCUCUGGGUAAGGAGAAGCUCGCUGAUGAGAGGCGUAGGGUGCUGUCCAACAACACCCGCAGUGAUCACCUGAUGUUAGCUAAUGCUAUGAGUGGCUGGGAGGAUGCUAAGGAACACAGAGGAGAGGGAUCCUACUGCUGGCAAAACUUCAUGUCUUCAAACAUCCUCAGUAUGCUGAGUAAGAUGAAGGGUCAAUUCUGUGACGUCCUGCAUCGUUUGAGGUUUGUCUCCGACAGAUCACCCAAACACAUCGAUGCAAAUAGAAAUUCAGAGAAUGAGCAGCUUGUGAAGGCAGUACUGUGUGCCGGUCUCUACCCAAAGGUAGCGCACAUAGAUAAGGUGCCUUUCAAUCGAAAGACGGGACAGAAUAGACCUCCAAGGCUAAGCACCCCAGAGGAUGGUCGAGUUCAAAUCCACCUUAAGUCUGUCAAUGCAAAUGAAACAACCUUCAGCAGUAAAUGGUUGCUCUACCAUCUCAAACUCAAGUCAACAAGUGUCUUUCUCCAUGACACUACCAUGGUUGAGCCUUAUCCCUUGAUCUUCUGCGGCGGUAAGAUCUCCUGGGACGAUGACCAGGGCCAUGAAACGGUCUUUGUGGAUGACCACAUCAAGUUUCACUGCUCUCAGGAGACGGCACAUCUCGUCAUUAAGUUACGUGAGGAGCUAGACAGAGUCAUGGAACAGAAGAUCACCAACCCAGGACCCACCAACUGGAGUCCGGCAAGCCAUGAAGGCAGAGUCAUGAGGGCCAUCAUCGACAUCCUUGUCAUGCAGUCCAGAGAUACAUACGAUAAUGAUGAUGAUCAGGGAUUCGUACACAGGCACGGUGGUAAUGAUGAUGAUGAUGAUGAUGAAGCUGGUGGGGCUGGUGGUGGCCGACAAUAUGGACGGUCCGGUAAUAGGUACACUAAUGAUGACAGGCCUGGAAGCAGUCAUUGGAGACCAGACUCGCAUCGUAGGAGAAACCAAGGAAAUCCCCACCAAGGUUUCUGGACUCAGAAUUAAUGUUGCUUGAUAAUUAACGUUAUCAUUAGAGUUCUCAUCCUGGAAAUCCUCAUAUUGAACUCUAAAUUCAUGAAACACGUACAGUUGGGGUUAACAUCAUGGCCGUUAUAGAUGGAGUCUACUAACUGGAGUCAAUAUCGAUACUUCUACUUCUACUUCUACGACGAUACUCAGCAGGAUCCAUAAGUCAGGAUGUAUAGUGCUGAGGAAUAAACUAUCUAGUUCUUGGUCUAGAUGCUGGGUGGAAGCGCUCCCUUGAAGCUCUCCAGUGAAGUAGCGUCAAUAGCAUUAAUACAACUGAGUUUCACAGCGAUAGGAGACAUUGAGGAAACCCUGACCAGAGAUAGUGGACUCAAAAUAGCUCGUGAUCACGUUAUCUCAAGAACCAAUUGAUGUAUUACCCCCAAACUGAGGUCAUGUAUGUAUCUUGCAGAGCUGAUGAAUUGAUUAGAUUUUGGGGUCACAAGGUCAAAGUUCAAAGGUCACAGGGCUCAUUAUGUAUGCAAAAAUAGCUUGUGAUUGCAUUAUCUCAAGAACCGAUUGAUGGAUUACCGCCAAACUUGGAUCUUAUAUGUAUCUUGCAGAGCCAAUGAACUGAUUAGAUUUUUGGGUCCUGAGGUCAAAGGUCAAAUGCCAGGGGGCUCAUUAUUUAGCGAAACUAUCUUUUAUGCAUUGUCAAUACUGACAGAUGGAUUACUAUCAAACUCAGGACAUAUAUGUAUCUUGCAGAGCCAAUGAACUGAUUAUAUUUUAGGGUCCUGAGGUCAAAGUUCGGAGGGUCAUACGUGUAUAUGAAAAAUAGCUGGUAAUCACCUUAUUCUGAGGACCUAUCAAUUGAUUACAAUUAAACUUGAAUUUGAAAAAUUGCUUCUGUUUUGGUUUAUGAAAUCGCUCUAUGACGGAGGCAUCAUUUUGGACUGCGCGCAGUCGAAGUUCCAUCUAGUUUUAAAUUCUGUAUACUCAGAGGCUGAGUAUUUCCAGUUAGGUUUACUGGUUUUUAUAAUACAAUUUGAAUAAUCUAUGAAGGGAAUAUAUUUAAAAGAAGGGCCAUGUCAGUCCCUUUUCUAUGUUUGUAUUUUUGUUUUACAUGGUUGAGUUACAAAGUAGUGACAGAAUUACAUUUAGAGUUUGAGAUGAAAUGGUCUGUUUGGAACAGCAAGGGCAUUGAUGCAUUAUAUAACAGGUCAAUGCCAUUCUGGCUCCAAACACACAGAAAGUUUGAUGUUAGUAUCAGAUUUGUGAACAGUUUUAUUCAUUAACCACUAGACCUUCUCAUUCUGAAUGGAAAUGAAUUUCACUUUCAAUAUGAUAUCAUGGAAACAACAGCAAUACAGAAUGAAACAUUUACAAACAAAAUCUGAACUGAGUACUGAACAGCUUGAAGUGAAUGGCGCCCUUACAUUACAUGUUUAGAAAAAACAAAUUGGAAUAACUGCAAGAGGGAUAAUAACAGGCCUAUUACAUGUAGUGUGACAGAUAAUGCCUCACUGACUCUCUUACAUUUGUAGUGAUGCUAUUAUACGGAUAUUGACUGCUUUGAGGGACACAGUUAAAAUUAUACCCCAAUGUGAUCUCAAAGCUGUACUGUAGCUGGAGACA